AUGCAAAAUUGGAGAGGUCGAAAUACACCAAAGGAACGAUCGCCUAGACAAAAGUACGUAUUCCAUAGUAUGGAGUCAUCUUACACAUAUCCAAUUUGCUCCAUUCAUAUGGAUAACUUCUUUAAUCUGACGUGGACUUACAAAUUGGAUUCUGAUAUACCACAUCCCCAAUUCCAAGUGACGGACUCAAAGGGAAAUGUUGUAGCUCCAAAAAGAAAUGUAAAAUGGGAUACAACGAAAUACAAUGUAACUAAUUACGAAAAGCAUUUAACACGUAAACGAAAAGCCAUGGUCUGGAUAGUAGAUAAAUGUAAGACAUUAAACAACAGACUUGAAUAUGCUAUAAAAUUGCAAAGUAUAUUCCGAUAUCAUUUUCUUGAUUUUGACAUAUUCGGCUGUGGGAUGUUUGAAUGUCCUGAAAAUAUUUGCUAUCGACUUAUUAAACAAGAUUAUUACUUUUAUUUUGUACCCGAGGAUAGUGAAGGCACAGAUUAUGUUACUAAAGAUGUUAUUAAGGCAUAUGAAAACUACGCAGUUCCGAUUGUCUUAGGAAAUGCAGAUUAUAAAAGAUUUCUUCCCGAAGGUUCAUAUAUAAAUAUUAAGACCACAUCAAAUGAAGCAUUAGUAGAAACGGUGAAGUAUCUCAUGAACAAUCCAUCAAUAUAUCAAGGUUUCCAUAGUUGGCGACAAACGUAUGUAAUAAGAGAAGUUACAUUGGAGAAGGGGCUAUGUGACCUGUGUGUUAAACUGAAUGAGUGGACAGGGAUAAGUGUUAAGAGGACAUUCAGGAAUUGGUGGUACACGGAAUCCUUGAGGGAUAGGUGCAUUCCAGGCGGAGCCGAGACUUUUGCUGAAGUUUUCUCUUAUGUUAAUGAGAGUAGACAUUAAAUCUGUUAGAUUCCAGCGGUUUAGA